AUGGCUUGGAUCGACAACAUCUGCGGUGCAGGGUCUAACUACAUUAGGAUACUGAGCAAAUGUGCCACCCGCGGAACAACCUCUAAAGGAAGCAACAACCAUAUCGACAGCACAUCUGCCCCCGUCACAAACGCCGACGAUGCCAUGGUGGUCAAUUCAUGGAGUGCGGUGGCUACAGGGGAAGUUCCGAAGGGGAAUAAACUCCCAGCUUGCCCUAUCAGCCUGCCAAUCUGUGGACGAGUUGCCUAUAAAUCAUCUCUGCAUCUCGACGCAAUACACCAUCAUCUCAAUCUGUGUAUUUCAGUAAUAUUCGCUUCCACACACGGGUAUGAACAAGCGAAUUCUAGUCAAGGAAAUCAAGGGCUCAUGAAGGUGCAAGAAGCACUGCCUGAGGCUGACGUUGUUAUCUUUUUGGCUUAUAUCAUUGGUCAAAAUGGCUAUUACGACUCUUUUCGAAGCCAGGAGUGAUUGUGGCUCUUUAGUUC